AUGAAAUUCUCCAUCACCGGCCUCUCCAUCACUCUCUGCGCGGCAUUGGUCGGCGCAUCACCUAUGCCGAGCGACGAAGUAGACGGAGCAGACACUGUGGAUGAAAACAUCCAUAUCGAGAUGCGGGUGUACUCGUUCGGAGGGUGUCUACGUGAGAACACGCAGGGGACGGGGGUCCGAGAUGGGGCGCGAUGGGCCGUCUCGGAGCAGGCCUGCCAGAGCGUGACCAACGCUGGAUCGGUGUGGCCGACCAUCAUCGUCCCACCGGACACAUGCCCAUGCUUCCCAAUUGCGUGGUCCGGGACGAAUUGUCACGGCGAGAAGUGGGUUUUGGACGAGGGCAUGUGCAACAGUCGGCUGUUUGGCUCCUUGUCCGUCGAAUGCUUCCCGGCGGAAGGGCCGUGUCCACCACCGCUUCCUUGGCCACCAAAACUGAAUUAG